UUCACUUUGUUUUUUAACAUUUUGCUUACGUUUAAAAGUAGAUUUUGGCACAAAUUGCUCCCACGUUGCUUAUAAUGGCUUCUACACAAUGUAAGCACUACCACGAUGAAGAGUACGAUCUUUGCCUUUUAUUUGAAACCUACUUGGGGGCUGAUAAGGAUCCUUCCAAGGAGCAGGUGAUAGACUAUCCUAUUAAAGUUCUCCGUGAUAUAUUCUCUUCAGGUUUAGUGAAAGGAAAAACUCUGAUUGAACUGAGUGCUAAUACCGUAUUCAUGUUUAUUCUUUUGGCUGCUGAUUACUUUGAUAACAUCAUUUUACUACAACCCUGCGAAUCUGAUUAUCAAGAGGCACAGAAAUGGUUAAACAAGGAACCAGGAGCCAUAGACCACUCCCACCUUACAGAGUUUGUUUGUGGUCUUAAAGAGGAAUGCUCAGACUGUAACAAACAUGAAGAAAAGACAAGAAGAGCCACCAAACAGAUUGUAAGAUGGGAUAUUACCAAAGAUAACCCCCUGGGUGAUGUUGUGUUGCCCCAAGCAGACUGUGUGCUCACUUCCGCCUAUUUGGAAGUUGUUAGUAAAGAUCAUGCGAUGUAUCUGAAGCUCCUAAAACAAAUCUGCUCCCUUGUGAAGGUUGGAGGUCACCUGAUCCUCAUUUCAGUAUUGAAUUUAUCUUACUACAUGAUAGGCCAACACAAGUUUUCCGCCCUGACAUGUGAUGAAGAGUUUGUGCGAAAGGCUCUGACAAGCAACGGGUUAAUUGUAGAGAGAUCUGGGAAAGAAAAAAACAGAUACAAUUCUGAUUUUUUUGAUUAUGAAUUUUUGGCAUAUUUUGUAUGCCGGAAGGAUAGAGAGGUCUAAAUGCCUGAAUCCCUAAAGACAAAGCUUAACGAUUACAUUGCUAUUAGCUUUUUAGGCUUGGUGAUUAUGGUUUCAUAGUUAUGGAGACCUUGCUCCUCUCUAUCUGUGUUGCUGUCUAAACAGAACGACUUCUCCUUUAUAACUGCUUUUUCUAGCCAUUUUUAUUAUACAGGGCAACGUAGAGUUGUUUUAAAGCUCAGUGCUUUCUAGUAUUCUCCAUUUACCAUGUCUCAAAAUUUUGAAACUAGGAUACUAGAUUCUAGGGAUGCACCGAAUGCUUUUUUUGAUGGAUUCUGCAGAAACCGGAAAGGGUUAAAUUUUA